AUGGCGAGCCCCAUCCUCCAGGCUCUGAUGGCAGUGGGGGAGAUGCGGAAGGAGAAACUGGGAGCUUGGCCAAUCUGCCAGGCGGCCUAUCAGAAUGAUUUUGGCCAAGUGUGGAGGUGGGUGCGGGAAGACAGCAAAUAUAUCAAUGUUCAAGACGGCUUUAAUGGAGAUACUCCCCUGAUCUGUGCCUGCAGGAGAGGGCACCUGCGGAUUGUCUCCUUCCUUUUAAGAAGAAAUGCUGAUGUGAACCUCACAAACCAGAAAGAAAGAACCUGCCUGCAUUAUGCAGUGAAGAAAAAAUUUACCUUCUUUGAUUAUCUACUUAUUAUACUUUUAAUGCCUGUCCUGCUUAUUGGGUAUUUCCUCAUGGUAUCAAAAACAAAGCAAAAUGAGACUCUCAUACGGAUGCUCCUUGACGCUGGUGUUGAAGUUAAUGCGGCAGACUAUUAUGGAUGCACUGCCUUACAUUAUGCCUGUGAAAUGAAAAACCAGAAUCUUAUCCCUAUUCUUUUAGACGCCCAUGCAGAUCCCAUGAUAAAGAAUAAGCGUGGUGAGAGUUCCCUGGAUAUUGCACGAAGAUUAAAAUUUUCCCAGAUUGAAUCAAUGCUAAGGAAAGCAUCAUAAUUCUUGUGGCCUCAAUGGACAAGUUGAAAAAAGCUCU